UCUUAAAUGCAUAAUAUGGGGAACUGUGAAGUAUUUUAUUGUAUUAUGCUUGCAGGCCUUGAACCAGAAACAUCAUAUGUCGCAAGGGUUAUAGCAAUAAACGAUAAUGGAAGAGGGUUGGAAAGUGAUAAAAUUGAUAUCAAAACAGAAGCCAAACAACUUCCAAAGUGGGCCAUUGCAGUAAUAGUCAUAGUGGUCUUUGUAUUUCUCUUGGUUAUUAUUUUGGUCUUCCUUUGUUAUCGUCGUCGAAAGAAACGGAUUGCAGCAGCACGAGCUGAGAUGACAAUGAAAAGGCUAGAUAAGAUGAAGGAAUCAUAUCCCAAAUCCUAUUUCAACCUCGGCAACUCGUUUACCAUAUCUGAAAAAUGCACAGUUUUCUCCAGAGAAAGAUUUGCUUUGCUGUACGAGGUUGGGUCGGGGGAGUUUGGUGUCGUUUAUAGAGGACAACUGCUGAAUGACAACAACGAAUUUAUCGACUGUGCCGUGAAAACAUAUAAAGAAACAGCUAGUGAUGAAGACGUACGUGAUUUAUACCAGGAGCUAGAUAUCAUGGUGAACCUUGGACGUCAUAAGAACCUUGUCAACGUUAUAGGUGCCUGCGAAGAACCUGGCAAGAGAAAAGGUAGAGAUCAACUGUAUCUGUUAGUGGAAUUUGCGCAACAUGGCUCGUUAAUUAGCUACUUGAAGGAACAUCGAGAGAAUCCAACAGAGAAUCCUGAAUUUGAACUCCAUUAUAUGAAUCGGUUAAAGCUUGCUCAUGGUGUAGCUAGAGGAAUGGCUUUUUUAGCUAGUAAAAGGUGCGUUCAUAGAGAUUUAGCAGCGAGGAACGUUUUACUUGGUGAUAGAUUUGUUGCCAAGGUAGCUGACUUUGGGUUGUCACGUGACAUCUACGAAACGGUUGGUCCUUUGGAGUACUUUUGUGGGAAAUAGAAACUAAAGGAUUGAUGCCACAUGGUGCAUUAUCCUUCAAAGAUCUUGUUCACAAGCAAAAAGAAGGGUACCGAUUAGAACAACCCGCAGGAACUCCAGAUAAGCUAUAUCGACUGAUGGGAAUCUGCUGGUCGGCAGAUCCUAAAAAGCGUCCAACGUUUUCUCAACUCUGCAAACUACUAGAUGUUCUGAAAACUGAACAAAAGCAAGAAGAACACCGACUAAGCAGUGCUAAUUCAUUGACAAAGAAAACAGUUGGGUUAAAAUUAGAAUCUCCAGGAGAAUCCUUCAAUUCAGCAAUGUGAAUAUUAUGGUUCCUUGGAAAUAUCCAACAUUCAUGAUCUUACACUUUGUACCAUGUCACUUCACACCAUGUCAAAACAUUGCAACAUCAAUUGUAAUUAUAUAUAGAAAUUCUAACUUAUUCAAUCGUAACUUAGUAUUGCUGAAACGCCCUAAUAGUAAAUUUAACCUAUUUUUGCUAAAACGGUCUAAGGGCUGUACUUAAUUGCUCUUCAUACAGACGCCGUAUUUGGAAAUGCUGCAUAUCUUAAAAGGAUAGUUAUAAUACAUCAUGCUACAAUAUUGUUAUAUAUGUAUUAUAUAUUGUUGAGAUAUCAUCACAUUGAAAAUAAAAAUGCUAUGUUUGCUUUGUAUCAAA